AUGGAAUCCCCUUCCCCAGAAUCGGUCUCGCUAGAACAACUUCAGUCUCCGGAGCAGGUAGAACUGCUAGACGCCAUCGACAAGCUUCGGAACCAAGGCCUGGGCCAUUACAACAUCAGUCUCCCACAGCUCAUUGUCUGCGGAGAGCAGUCAUCGGGAAAGAGCUCCCUGCUCGAAGGCUUGACCCGACUCCGCUUUCCAACUGGAGACGGCCUAUGCACAACUUUCGCGACGGAAUUGGUCCUCCGAAAGGACAGUGCCGUCGACAUAACAUGCACUAUCGUUCCAGGCAAGGAACGGUCCCAAGCCGAGCGACGUGAACUAUCCAAGUUCAGUCGGCGCUUCACAUCGCGCGAAGAAAUGUCUUUCCCGGCCCUGGUCCAGCAAGCAAAGGAACAAAUGUCCAUCGGUACAAGAUCAAAUCGUGGUCCCUUCUUCGAAGACAUCCUUCGGAUCAAGUAUUCUGGCCCUGAUCUACCUUCUUUGACUAUCGUGGACCUACCUGGUAUCAUCCAGUCACAGCUCGAAGGAGGGGGAGGGGCGGAAAGGGUCAUCGACCUUAUCGAAAGCUACAUGCGCAACGAGAAGUCUAUCAUUCUCGCAGUCGUUUCCGCUAAGAAUGACCUGGAGAAUCAAAAGGUCUUCACGUACAUCAGGGACUUCGAUCCGACGGCUUGUCGAACGCUGGGUAUCAUAACUAAACCAGAUACCCUGAACAGCGGAUCACCGAGCGAGGGAAAAGUCAUCAGACUGGCGAAGAACGAGCUCACGCCCCUCAAGCUUCGCUGGCACGUUGUGAAGAACCGGGAUUUCAAAGAGUGUGAGCAGUCCGAUGCGGAACGCGAUGAGUCAGAGAGACAGUUCUUCCAGCGAGGCGUUUGGGCUUCGCUUCCCCGCUCCGACGUCGGCAUCGCUUCCUUGAGGACGCGACUCUCUCGUGUUUUACUUGAUCACAUUGGCAAAGAACUGCCUUCCCUCGUGUCGACCAUCCAGGCCGCCAUUACAUCGACCGAAGCCAGCCUCAAAGCAUUGGGCAACCCCCGCGACAGUGACCGCCUCCAGCGCGACUACCUCACGGAGAAAGCAGAGAAGUUUCAGAUGCUCACUCGCGACGCGCUGAGAGGGUUAUACAGCAACCCUUUCUUCAACUUGGCCGCGGCAGACGAGCGAGCCCCUACUCGUCUCCGUACCGAGAUCCAGAAUCUCAACAUCGCGUUCGCGCACACCAUGUACCGCAAAGGCCAUACAUGGGAGAUCACAGACGAGGCGCAAGCAUUCAUCACAUCCGGAUCCGGCACCAGCGCUCUUUCAUCCCAGGCAAUCCAAGAAUACGAUGCUCAUUUCGAUGACCCUUGCGCCCUAGCGCGGACCCAGUUCCUCCAAGAACAAAUCAACGACUACGUCCGACAAAGCCGGCAGUCUGGAUUGCCCUCUCUUGUGAACCCAUGGGUCAUCGGAGAAGUGUUUCGCCGCCAGUCGGAACCGUGGGCAGAAAUUGCCGAGCAUCAUCUUGAACGGGUAUUCCAGGCUGUCAAAGACUACAUCAAUCUAGGAUUAAGCUCCUUAAUGGAUACGCGAACGCGCAACAUGCUCAUACUCGAACAAGUCGAGCCUGAGCUGGAGCAGCGAUGGGAGAAUGUCAAGGCGAAGCUAGGCGAACUGCUGCUACCCUACACGGAACAAGAUCCCGUCACGUACGAUCCAACCUUCAUCUGCGAGAUCGAAGACAUCCGGUCCAGGCGCUCCUCUAAGCGUCUCCAGAUGCAAUCGCAGACUCCAGUCUUCGGGAAGAUCUCUACCCACCAGCUCUUGACCGAGUCUAUUGACGACUUCACCAACUCUGAGAUUCUAGACCUCAUGCAGACGUACUACAAGAAAGCCAUCUCGGUCUUCAUCAACAAUGUCGCCGUCCUCGCGAUCGAAAACUGCCUAAUCGCGCGUCUAGAAUCCAUCUUCUCCCCCGUCCUCAUCUCCAGCAUGGAAGAAGACACGCUUCGAGCCAUUGCCUCGGAGUCCGAAGAGAUUCGUACCGAGCGUGCGGCGCUGAAGCAGAAGCUGGACGAUUUGAAAUACGGCAAGCGCAUCCUGCACGUCCACGCGUGCGACGCUCGAUCCGCCUUAAGACCCCCCACCCGCGUUACGAAGACCGCUUCGAGGUCGCGACGCACCAUCCCUAGCGAGUCGCGACCUCGCACGCCCAUCCCGCAGACCGAAAACGGGAGCCAGAAUCAAGACGAUGACCAAGUGGACGGUAUCACUUCGCACUUCAACAACCUCACCGUCACACCGCCGCCCACCGACCCAAAGCCCAGAAAGGGCUUGCAUAGCCGGAGUCGCUCGGUGACACCGACGCCCACCAAGAAGGCGUCUACUAAGCCGCGAUAUCGAAACUGGCCGCCCAACUUCGUUGCUGAUUCUCAGUCUGAGAGCGAGGACGCAAUGUAUUCGCCAGUGCAAAGCUCUCGAGAGAUGGCUGCUCAAGCUUGA